AUGCUUGCAACUCGCUCACCACUCGACAAGAAGAAUGAAAACGCUAUCGCCACUCAAAUGGACAACAUUUCACUCGUUGACAAGGAAAACACGGUAAGUUUGAAAUUGGGACGUGGGCUAACUUUUAUCUAGUUAUUUUUGAUGUCGGUGGUUGAUCUAAAGUGGUCAGGCAAACGGUCACCUCAACUGGUUUACGAUGUAAUAGCAGCUAACGUUGCCUAGCUAGUUGUCACGUCUGCCUUUCUGUCCAGCACAUUAUUCAAUUGAAUGUAAAGUAAGCAAGCCAGUUAGUUAUUUAAGUACCUAAUUUGUCAAAUAAAACCGUGUAAUUUCUCCAAAUGCAGCCUCCCAGCCUGAACAUGACCCGGAUUCUGGCCUCGAAAACCGCGCGCAAAAUCUUUGACGAUUCUGAGGUGAGUGAACAAUGGCUACUUUUACUAGAAAUGGUCAGUUUAUACACAGUGACCAUUUUGCAGCUUGAUGAUUGGCGUAAUUAACGUUAACCUGGUAAUUUGCUAGAACGUGGUUAUUUGGCGCUAAUAGUGUUGGCCAUGCUAACUAGCUGGCGAGUCAUCAAAUCAUGUCGCAUAAUGUUAUAUGUGAGGUUUAUGGUAGUUGGCGAGUAACUCAAGUAAGGCAAGCAUUUGUUUGAAUGGUUAGUUACACAAACUGGCUACUCAAGUGUUUUCAUAAGGCUAGUAACUAGCCUUCCAUUCCAGUCAUGUCACGAAAGCCUUUGUCUUGGACACACUAGCUACUGCUAGCAAGUUAAUGAUACAUAGUAUAGCUCAACCAUCUAACGUUGGGCUGUAGAGAACCUUGACAUUCUACAUAAACUGGUAUGCCUUGUUUUCUUAUUACAUGCAUGUAUUUCCCCUUCAAUUCUAUGCACCUUUGAAUAGUCUAACCAUUGAGGAAUAUGCUAUUAUACCUCUGCAACAUUUGACUAGUAAUGAUAGAAUAAAACAAUGUGUAUUUUGGUAACUUUCUGGUAAAGUCCAAAGAUGCCAAGAAAUUCAACACUGAAGAAGAGCCACUCCUGAAGGAAAAUCCACGCCGGUUUGUAAUUUUCCCCAUCAAGUAUCAUGACAUCUGGCAGAUGUACAAGAAGGCAGAAGCUUCUUUCUGGACCGCAGAGGAGGUAUGUCCAAGUUGCUGCAUCAUUACAGUGGUGUUUGCGUAAGUAAAUGAUACAUGAGCUGGUUCAUGAGCUUUUUAUCAUUAUUUUGUUUUCCAGGUUGAUCUGUCCAAAGACACACAGCACUGGGAGUCUCUGAAGGACGAGGAGAGAUACUUCAUCUCUCACAUACUGGCUUUCUUCGCUGCUAGCGACGGAAUUGUCAAUGAGAACCUGGUAAAUUGCUCUUGUGUAUACAAUACAACAAUCAAUAUUUAACGAUGCACACUGUCAAGAAAUCACUGAUCUAAUUUCAUAUUUCGCUACUAGGUGGAGCGCUUUACACAGGAAGUCCAGGUGACAGAAGCAAGAUGUUUCUAUGGUUUCCAGAUUGCCAUGGAGAACAUCCACUCUGAGAUGUACAGCCUGCUCAUUGACACCUACAUCAAAGACCCCAAAGAGAGGUCAGACUGUCAGUCAAGCUCUUAGUUGGUAGUGCAGGGAAAUCACCCAUAUCUAGCAAAGUGAUUACCCACCUUUUUGUAUUUUCUGGCAAUGAUGAGAAGCGCAGGGGUACGUACCUCCGCUGAUAAUGGGAGCUGAGUGUUGGUGCUGGUUCUUUGCUGACUGGGGGAUGCUAACCUGAUAUAGACGCCUGACUGAACCUCAUGAUAGUAAAAUAUAAUCCACCAAUGCGCAACAUGUAACUUUUUGGCUGACCUAAUUUGCAUAGAAAUAUGAGUUAUAGAUCUGGAUUUCUAAUUUAAAUCAAGUCUAAUAAGCAGUAGAUCUGUACUAUGUGAUCUAUUUCUAUGCUUCCCGUUAAGUUACGUUUUUGAAUAUUUCACUUUUGGUUUUGUACACCAGCUUCAAAAAGCUGAAAAUAAAAUGUUUGGUUAUUGAAAAGAUUUCACAGCGGUUUAGAUGGUACAAUGAUUCUCUAAACUAUACAUUGCAUGUUUUGUCACAUAAGCUGCAAUUAGUAGAACAUAGCAUUUUAGCAACCAGGAAAUGACAGAGUGAUUUCUACAUAUUGCACUUUUUAAAAGGUCUAAGCAUUUUAUAGUGCAGCCCUCAACUUUUUGUGAGAAUGUGCCUAAUGUACUUUUCUUUGUCAUACAGGGACUACCUCUUCAAUGCCAUUGAAACCCUCCCCUGUGUGAAGAGGAAGGCUGAUUGGGCCCUGAACUGGAUCGGCAACAAAAGCGCUGAAUUUGGUAUAUACAUGUAUUUUUCCUAACAACCUGCACAUGAUUGGGUUGUGAUUGUAAGUUUGUAAUGGGCUGUGUUUGUAUUUCAGGUGAGCGUGUGGUUGCCUUUGCUGCUGUUGAGGGGAUCUUCUUCUCUGGAUCCUUUGCUGCCAUUUUCUGGCUGAAGAAGAGGGGGCUCAUGCCUGGCCUGACCUUCUCCAACGAGCUCAUCAGCAGAGACGAGGUGGGUGUUUGUUUUCACUAUGUUGAUUUGACUCCUCUAUACCUAUGAUCCCAGCAGGCAAACCUGAUUGAAGUUAUGUCAUUACAACUGUAUUUGGUUACAAAACGGCAUGACGUUGUGAUACCGUUCAUGUGCUUGUUUAACUGAAAAAGCAACAUUCUUCAUGACUACUUGGCAUUAUCUUACUAACUAGUUCCAUAUAAAUCCAGGGCCUGCACUGUGACUUCGCCUGCCUCAUGUUCAAGCACCUGGUGAAUAAGCCCUCAAAGGAGACUGUCACCAAUCUGAUCAGGAACGCAGUGGAGAUUGAGCAGGUAUGUUGAUUAAACAAUAAGGGCAUGUUUCCCUGACCUAGAUUAAAAGUCCAAUGCAGCAGUUUUUCCUCUAAGUCAUUUCUGGGUAACAAUUAAGUACCUUACUGUGAUUGUUUUCAAUUAAAAUGGCAAAGAAACAUGACUUCUUAGCAAACAGCAAUUUCUCAAGCAAACAUUUGGCUGGGAGUGGUCUGAGGGAAAACUAGCUGUUGGCAGAGGUUUUGUCUUAUUGGUGUAACUAAUUUACUGCCUGGUUAAAUCACCAAUCCAUUCCACCAAAACAGCUGAAAUUUCAGGCAGUCUUUUAAAACGACUUUUACACUAAAAGGUCAUUUGUCAGUUAUUCCAGUGUGGAAGUGUAUAUAAAACACAGGAAAAUCUUAAGUUUUGUAUAAAUCUAAUUCAUUUUUGUUCACAUUUCAGGAGUUCCUGACAAAAGCCCUGCCUGUAAAGCUGAUUGGUAUGAACUGUGACUUGAUGACUCAGUACAUUGAGUUUGUGGCUGACAGGCUAAUGCUGGAGCUGGGCUUUGACAAGGUGAGAUUAUGGUCCAUGGCUUGGUACCUAUUCCCUAUGUAGUGCACUAUAUAGGGAAUGGGGUGCCAUUUUGGAAGCACAUUUUGGGAGAUUUGGGCAAAAGACGUCCUCUCCUCCGUGACCUGGAAACCGAUAAGUGGUUUUGAGUGUCUGAGGAAUGUCAAUUAGAUAGUAUGCGAACGGAGGAGUGUCCUCCUCUCGCCGAGGAAACUCAAAUAUCCUGCCGGAAUCCUUCGCAGCAGAGUUUUGAGAUCUGCCACACCCCCUUUGAAUCUGCUGGAAAGCGUGCACAUAUUUAAAAACUACACUACUUAUCCUUUUAUCUAUAAAAUGUCUAGCACAACUAGCUAAAUUAGUUUUUUAACUUUACAGACCUAUUUUGGGAUUCCACCCCUGUAAAUGUAAUUUGCCUGACACGUGAGUGGAAAAGGAGGCUUAUGUCAUACAAGCACAUUUGUUUACUCUCCUCAAUUAUCUUUACCCUUUCUCAAUAGGAGGGAGGAGAGGACUGAGUUGAGCCAAACCCAUUGAUAAUCUUUCCUCGUGACAAAUGUGUCCUUUUGAUAUGGAGAAGGGAUUAAAUCCAAUCAAACCAUGUUUUAGUUGUAACUUUCCAUGGGUCCAUGCAAUUUGAUUGUAAGUUAAAUCUGAAAUGGGCUAGCAAUGAUGAGAAGCGCAGGGGUACGUACCUCAGCUGAUAAUGGGAGCUGAGUGUUGGUGCUAGUGCUCAGCUCAGUGGGCAUGUGGUCUGCUGACUUGGGGUGCCAACACGAUAUAGACGCCUGACUGCGUCUCUUGCCUGUAAAGCUAUAGUAAACGCAUCAACAUUUUAAAAUGUAGGCACUCUCUACUGUAAGUCUGGAAAACUAUGCUAAAUGUCAAUGUACAGUUUUUUAAAUUGGGUUUGCCUCAAACGGAAGCAUUUAACAAGCAGAGACAAACUUUCCUCUAACUCUUACAUUCUAGAUCUACAGAGUGGAGAAUCCAUUUGACUUCAUGGAGAACAUCUCACUGGAGGGUAAGACUAACUUCUUUGAGAAGCGAGUAGGGGAGUACCAGAGGAUGGGUGUGAUGUCUGGCACCACAGACAACUCCUUCCGGCUGGAUGCUGACUUCUAA